CGCUCGGCGGCCGGAGGUCACCAGAAUCCCCCCGAAUUUGCCGUGGGGUGCAGUGCCAUGUUCGGCUCUUCCCGGGGCGGGGUCCGGGGGGGCCAGGACCAGUUCAGCUGGGAGGAUGUCAAGACGGACAAACAGCGUGAGAAUUACCUGGGGAACUCCCUGAUGGCGCCGGUGGGGCGGUGGCAGAAGGGCAAGGACCUGACCUGGUAUGCCAAGGGCAAGAAGGACACGGCUCCCUCGUUAUCCCGGGAGGAAGAGCUGGCUGCUGUCCGCCUGGCCGAGCAGGAGGCCAUGAUGGCAGCACUGGGCUACAAGAACUUGAAGAGGCAGCCUACGGGCCUCAGCAAAGAGGACCUGGCUGAGGUGUGCAAGAGGGACGGCGCUGAGCGGGACGACAAGGACGUGGAUCGGGUGGUGGGUUUGGGCAGCUCCAGUGGCAGUGCUGGCCGGGUGAUGCUUUCCAAGGAGGACAGAGAGGCAGCCAAGCUGGGGCUCUCGGUCUUCACGCACCAGAAAGUCUCCAGCAGCCCAGAGAUACCUGUCUCCAAGAAGAAGCAGGAAAAGGAGGAGAAGGUGGAGGAGAAACGACCUGAGAGCAGCAAAAAAUCCAAAAAGGAGAAAAAGAAGGAGAAAAAGAACAAGAAAAAGAAGAAACAUAAGAAGGAGAAGAAGAAGGACAAAGACAAGCAUUCCAAGAAGGAUGCUGCCCCAUCAUCCUCCGAUUCUUCCCCAGAUCGGGAUAAGAGGCACCACCGCAGGAAAGCGCAGCAGCACUCGGAGGCCCCGCGGCACGGCAGCCGGCGGCGGCAGGACACGGAAUCCUCGGCGAGCAGCGGCAAUUGCGGCCGGGGCCCCGCCCGCCAGCGCAGCCGGAGCAGGGACGGCCGGGGCCGCCACCCGUCCCCGCGGAGAAAGGGCAGGAAAAGGAGCAGGUCCCACUCCCCCCCGGCCCGCGGGGUGCGGCAGCGCCACGACACCGACUCGGAGGACUGAGAGGGAGCCUGGGGUUGUUUCAGGGAGAUCUUCCAGAGAUUUAUAUUUUUAAAGGUGAUUAAAUUAAAAACGCCGCAGCCCCGCGGGUGCAGGGGCAGAGUCUGGCAAAGGGCAUUAAGGUUUUGGUGCCAGCAGCCCUUCCUUGCCCGUCCAGGGGCAGCACCAGCGGGUGAGGGGGGCAGCAGGGCCUGGGCACCCUUCUCCUCACUCCCUAAAAUCCAUCUGGGCAGGAUUGAGCACAGAGGAUGCGCUGGGUGGGGACUGGCGCUGGGGUGGUUCUGGCUGUGGUGCUGAAAAUGCUGCGGAUACCUCGUGUUUAUGUACAGAGACUUUGGAAGAGAUGAUUAUUAUUAUUAUUA